UCAUUUAACUUGACAGCUUGGGUGGACAUUGGCGCUUUUCCGGUACAAAUAUUACCGUCUAAGAAUUUUUAAAAACUUUUAUUUCCAAAACAGCAAAAUAAAUGUUGUGUAUAUUUUUAAAAUAAAUUGAACAAGUUUUAGACAAGGGUUAACAUUAAGCUAUGGAGGUUAUGGAGUCAAUGUCAGUAGCUUUCAAAGAAAUUGGACCUAAUCACAAUAUACCUGAAAAAUGGAAAGAAAUUGUACUAAAUACAGGUGGUACCCACAGCACAUUACAGGAUAUAAAGCUACCUCAGAAAGCAGGUGGCUAUUGGUACAAGGAUUCAAAAAAAGCAAAUACUAGAAAUCGUUUUAUUUACUGGCAAACAACUUCAGAUGCCAUAGAAUUGUCAGAAGCGUCACUUGAUAUUAAUUUAUCAGUGUCAAAUUUGCGCUGCAAAGUGGCUCCAGGGACACCACCAUUGAACAAUUUAACAUUUUAUGAGAGGUUAUCAACACAAGAAGUUAUAAUUUUGGCUGCUACAGUGUCAUCUGUACAUAGACUUGUAUUUCCUCAUCCAGAAGCAUUGGAAAGAAAGUCAGCAUUUGGAUCAAGUAACAAUACAUCAGCAUCUAUAUUCUAUGACACAAAUGCUGUAAAUAAUCCAAAUAAUUAUUACAUUUUAAAUCAAUACGCAAACACAACUACUGGUGUAGCACACACAUGUGCAUCGAUGCUGCGUGAUAGUGGGGAAGCUGUGUUUGCUCUUUCAUUUGGUCAUGGCAGUGAAGGAGGCUUGCUUCUGGUAAAGCUUCCUGUUACAGGCUCCGCAGUUACAACACUAUUGAAGAGAGAAUCGGCUGUGCCUAGAUUCUUAUCUGGAAUAACAGGAGCAUUAAGGGGUAAAAGUAAUACAGACGGUGUUGAAACCUAUGGUGUGGUAGUGACCAAUGGCUUGAUAGUGGCCAUCUGUGGCGAUACAUGUCUGCGUGCAUGGACGCUCGACGAAGGCGGAGCGCCGGUUGCGGUCUCCUCGCCCCUCUCACAAUCCCUAGUCCGACCAAAGCCACCACCUCAAGGUCAUAUGUUGAAAAGCAUUGUAGGCACGGACAGAAGUAUAAUACUAGUGGUGUACCUGUCGUUUCCUAAUGACAGCGAAUUUGUUGUUAUGAAGAUGCACGAUGGUGGAGGUGGCGCUGUUGUAUUCUCACAGAUAUGUCAAAUAUUUGGACCACAGCUAGAUCUACUUGACUACACCAUUGGUUAUGGCGAGGGUAACCAUGCUAUAUGGGCGUUGUGGAACCAGCCGGAUGGAGAUGCUUUUAUUACAACUACUAGCGUUGGUGCGGAGGUGUCGUGGCGCUGCGUGGCGGUGCGUGAGGCUCCGCCCCCACUACCGCAACUCUCCUCCCCUCACCAAUACCGCGAACGCCUACUCGCUCCUGGCCUUUUCCCACCUACUGUCAUCAAGAAAGCACUUGUGAUCUACCGGCGCACGUGGUGUAGUGGCGAGGCGGGCGCGCUGGGCGGGGCUGGUGGCGAAGGUGGGGCGGAGGCGGAGCUGGGCGAGGCGGCGGUAGCGGCGGUGCAAGCGCGCCUGAGGCUGCUCACCGCGCGCACCGCCGCACCAGACCACUCACAGCUUAUGUACAAAUGCUGGUCAGACUUGUACAGUUGGUGUUUGCAGUACAUGGAAAAUCUUCAAAAACCACUUGGUCUUAUGGUUUCCAACCAUAAAAGUGACGCAGAAAGCGGGUGGUGGUGCGCGGUGGUGCGCCGCGCCGGCAUAUCACUGGUGCGCGAACUCGAGCCACUCGAAAAGAUGAUGCUCUCCCCUGAUGAUACUUUACCAGAAAUCGGUCGCGAGACGGGCGAGCUGUCUAUGGACGCGGUGCGCGUGGUGGUGGCAGGCGCGCGGUGGGAGCGAGCGGCGACGCCGGCGGGCGCGGGCGAGUUGGAGCGGCGACUGUUCGCGUGCGCCGCGCCGCAGCACCGCCUGCUGCCGCGCCUGCUGCACCUCCUGCUCGCGCCGCACACGCCGCCCGCCUCCGCCACACCCAACGCCGGCGCGGUCGACGGAGGCAUUUCGUCUCAAGCUGAGCGCGUUGGGCACGAGCGGUGA